UUUAUGGUGUGAUCUCCUUUAAAUUAGUUAAUGCGUUCAUCUCGUUAGAUAACAAAGUUAAUUGCACUUCGACACACACGUGGGACAACCUAAAAGUUCGUUUGCGUCCUAAGAUGAUCUCAAAAGCCAUUUCUGUUCUGCUUUUAUUGAGCAUUUGUGAGUCAAAAAGACGUCCAUCUCAUUUGAAUGUAUUCAUUGAGGCCCAAGAGGUGGCACGCUUUCUGUACGACAUCGAUUCCACACUUUAUUUGGUACGUGAUAGUAAAGUGGCRCCUAUGUUGCAAAAGCCAUUAGGUCUUCUCGUCCCGCCCAUUGUCCCGUCAAUCAAGGAUAUUCGCUUUAAAUUCAACUCAAGUGGGGGAAGGGUAAGGUAUCUGAUGUCGUUUAUGUCUAGCAAUACAACGAUCAUGAAGCACCCUAGGGCUAGCAUAUCCACAACUGGAUUCGUACCGAGAAAAACCAAAGGAUUCCGUGUAUGGUUUCCCUGUACUGGUAAAAUGACAGGCAUUGUAUACCUGUACAUCAACAUUUCAUUCAGUGACAAAUCUGGACGGAAGAUGUUGUGGGGACCUUUAUAUCUUGGACUUCGUCGACGAUGCAACGCGCGUAAUAAUCACUCGUUACGUACAGCUCCACAGGCAUCAAUUGCACCAACGAUGUGCAACAAGAGAUGCACCAAGAACUACAUUCUCUCGCGAUUUUGUCUCAGUGAUUAUGUUAUAAGAGCAAGGGUUGAAUCUGAGGUAAAAAAGAGGGGUCGAUCCCACCUCCGUGUACGUGUAACGAAAAAGUACAAAAAAGGACGAGUAAAGAUAACAAGACGACAACUGCUCGAGCUCCGUGGAAGAGAACUGACCUGCAAUUGCAGCCAGUUUAUCAGAAAAAAAUCCUACCUCUUCCUUGGCAAAGAAGAUAGACGAAGAAAGGUGUUAUACGUUGAUAAUCUAGCUACUGCGCUAGACUGGGACGAAAACGGCAAGCAAAUGCUGCGCAUGCACCGAAAGAGAAAACAUCGCUGUCCAAGAAGAAUUUCAUAACAUGAUGAAAAUGGAAUUAGAAACAUUUAUAAUGGAAAAAGUAAUGAUUUAUAACAACAGCAGUUUAUAUUAAGCUAGUAGCAAGAGGUAGCUAGUAGCAAGAGGUUUCCCUCUUGAUAAAGAUAAGUCGUCGUUUCCGAUUUUCCAACGGACUUAUAGGAAUGCAUAGAGACCUGUACAAAUAUWUACUUCUUUGUAUAAACUUAGUUUAUACUAUUAAUGCAUAUUUCAAACGAUAUUAGAGAAAGCACAUUCUUUUGUUGUUGUCUUCAUUUGAUAUUCUGAUUACUCUUAUAUUUCCUUUUGGUCGUUCUCCAUUCAAUUUAACCACAAUUGCAAGUUAUACCAAACAAAACGAUAGACCAAACACUUCCUUCGCUUCAUUUCGACCAUUGUUUUCUAUGUAGUUAUUUCAGCAGAAAAUAACAGAACAAAUUUCGAAGAAGAUAUUGGAAUAGGGCUUAGCCUUGUCCCUGUGUUGUUUUCUGUCAGCUCAGAUACAAAUWAUAAGCGCCUUUUGAACUUUUAUCGAUUAAGGAGAAAGGAUAAUAAACAGAGAGUAACCAUGGGAUACGGAUAGUUUUGGCCUUUAGUUAACCUGAAAACACACCUUUAUUUCAUACAGUACACACUAUUAUUUACAAGUUGAGAGUCACACUAGUCUUUACUUGCCAAUACCUAAAAAUGUCUUGGCUGACCCCAUAGUAUAUUUACCAGGAUCUGUACAAAAAGAUGAGAUUUUGUAUGAAAUGCACAGUUUGUAAAGGAUUUGUUGUAUUAAAGCUAAACUAAUCAACAGA